AUGUCAGAAACAGAAACGAUCAAAAAAACUCGAAAGCCAAAUGAUAGCCCCUUUACGCAACAAAAUUUACCUGCUUGGCAACCAGUGCUGACGCCUAGAGCUGUAUUGCCUACGUUUUUCGUGGUUGGUAUUUUGUUUAUGCCAAUCGGUGGGUUGCUGUACUGGUCUAGCAAUAAGGUGAAUGAGAUUAUGAUUGAUUACACUACUUGCAACACUUACAGCCAGCCUGUUUAUCUGGAUGAAAGCAAGUACAGCUUCAAAUUUUCAAAUGAAAACACGACGCUAGAGCCGCCUGCGUAUCAUUUCGAGAAUGUCACUGAUUUCCUGGAUUCAACAUGGAAGAACCCAAAUCAACUCAAUAUUCAGAGAUGUAUGCUCGAUUUUACUGUGCCUGAAACCAUGACAGGACCUAUUUUCAUGUACUAUCGCUUGACAAACUUUUAUCAAAACCAUCGUCAAUAUAUCAAAAACUUUGAUGCUACUCAGCUGGAUGGCAAGAAGGUAGACACAACUACGCUCAACACAAAUUGCGGGCCAUUAGGCACUAACGAAGACGGCCUGGUUAUAUAUCCAUGCGGACUGAUAGCAAACUCCAUGUUUAAUGAUACUGCAUCAGAUUUGACUUCUGUAUCCUCUACUAGCCCUGAUUAUGUCUUUCAAAGAACUGGAAUAGCAUGGCCUACUGACAAGAAAAAGUACAGGCCCACACAAUACACCAACGCAGAAAUUGUACCUCCACCAAAUUGGUCGUUGCGCUACCCUCAAGGGAAAUACACAGAUGAGUAUCCUGCACCCGAUUUAUCCAACAUGGAGCGAUUUAUGAUCUGGAUGCAUGUUGCUGCUUUACCUGAUUUUAGAAAGAUUUGGGCUCGAAAUGAUCACGAUAGCUUGCAGGCAGGAAGAUGGAGAGUAUCCAUUGAUAUGAACUUUGAAACCACCAUCUACGGAGGAUCCAAGUGGAUUGUCUUGACUACAACUUCACCAUUAGGAGGAAGAAACCCUUAUCUGGGCAUUGCCUAUAUGGCCAUUGGUGGUAUAUCCAUCUUUUUAGGCACUGUAUUCUCGCUUCGACAUUGUAUAAGGCCAAGAAAACUUGGUGAUGAGUCGUACCUUACUUGGAAUCAACCAGGCGGUGGACUUCCUAUGAGCAAACGUGGAAAGAAGUUGCUUCAUAAAGAUUAA